AUGCUCCGGCGGCUGCUGCUCCCUGAGGUCUCCCCAGAGCUCACCUUGAAGCAGCAGCUGCAGUCUCAGGCACAGUGUGCUUCUUCAACAGCAACACGGUGGUGGAUUCCCCGCGGCGGCGUGUCGUUGAUCCCGUCUUGGCUCGCCAAGGUGCCACAGCUGUUUCCAGUGCUGCGCGGCGUCAUCACCGUUCUGGUCGUGUGCCUGGGCACGCUCUUCUUCGGACAGGGGCCCGCGUUCUCGGUCGCGUUCUCGGUCGGCGCUGGCUUCUUGGGGGCUCCCGUCUGUGAAGUUGCUGCAGUUUCUCGAGCCCGUGAAGUCUAG